UCCAGGUCAACGCCGUGUCCAUGGGGAUAGAAUGCAGGUCACGUGGUUCUCUACCUUGUCCGCUGUAAUCAUCCUGAUUGGUCCAAGGAUCCCAUGCACAUCCCCAGAAAGCACACCAUGCAGCAACUGUGACGGUAACAACGUGACCUGUGUUGACGGUGUGUGCUCACCACGCUGUGUCAGUGUGACGUCAUCUGGAGAGUGUCUCCAGUGUCGGGACUCCAGGUUCUAUGGUAAACAGUGUGAAGAUGACUGUCCAGACACCUGUCUCAACUCUCGCUGUCAGAUGGACAACACCCGUGUUGUGUGUACAGAGGGAUGUGUGGCCGGCAAGAAGGGAGAUAACUGUGGCGUGAACUGUCCUACAGCCUGUACACAGUGUGAACGUUAUGGUGAUGGUUGUACAGGACCGUGUCAGAAUCCCCAGUAUUACGGUCCACACUGUAGAACACCUUGUUCCUCCAGCUGUACAGAUGGAUGUAAUAGGAUCACGGGGGAAUGUGGCAGCUGUGAGCCAGGUUACAUGGGGGACAAGUGUGAUGUUACCUGUCCCCCCAACUGUAGAGAUGGAUGUGACAAAGACACGGGGGAGUGUGACAGCUGUGAGCCAGGUUACACAGGGGACAAGUGUGAUGUUACCUGUCCCCCCAACUGUAGCGAUGGAUGUGAUAAAGACACGGAGGAGUGUUACAGCUGUGUGACAGGUUACACAGGGGACAAGUGUGAUGUUACCUGUCCCCCCAACUGUAGAGGUGGAUGUGAUAAAGACACGGGGGAGUGUGACAGCUGUGAGCCAGGUUACACAGGGGACAAGUGUGAUGUUACCUGUCCCCCCAACUGUAGAGGUGGAUGUGAUAAAGACACGGGGGACUGUGACAGCUGUGAGCCAGGUUACACAGGGAACAAGUGUAACGUUACCUGUCCACUCAACUGCAGAGAUGAAGAUUGUGGGAACUGCACACCAAGUACAACAAGAGCCAACGCUGAAGCCGCGUGUGUUGUACUUGUCGCCAUCCCCAUCCUCAUCCUCGUUGUCAUCGUGUACAGAAGGCGACGCAAAGGAAGACAGCAGAACCAAAAAGGAACUCCUAAUCCAACAUACACAUCGUGUUCGGUCUAUACACUAGGCGGGGACAUGUGUGAUGAGCUGAGCGGGGACACGUCGAAGGAGGUCAUGGAGGGGGAGUUUAAAAAACUGCCUUCUUAUAUAAAACCAGUAAAUUGUGCCACUUUGGACGAAAACGAAGGGAAGAACAGAUACAAAGAUAUCCUGCCAUUUGAUGCUACACGAGUGCCCCUUGAGAUUGAAAAUGAAGAUGACAGCGACUACAUCAACGCCUCUUACAUAGAUGGAUACAUGGACCAGACCCGCUAUGUUGCAACCCAAGGGCCCUUGGAACACACAAAGAACGACUUCUGGAGGAUGAUAUGGCAACUGAACACCGCCAAGAUUGUCAUGGUUACUAACCUCAUGGAGUCGGGGAAGUUGAAGUGCUACAUGUACUGGCCAUUCUGCAGCUCUGAGUCCACGAUGUACGGCAGUAUAAGUGUUCAGUGCGCGAAAGAGGAGGUCUACGAGACCUACACCCUCCGCUCAAUGGCGAUCUGGAAGGAAGCUACAGAGACAAGAAUGAUCAAGCAGUUCCACUUCACACAGUGGCCCGACCACGGGGUUCCCAGUGACACUACAGCACUAUUACACUUCAACAAAGUAGUGAAGGACACGGCACUACCACUGUCAGGGCCAUUAGUGGUUCACUGCAGUGCAGGUGUUGGACGGACUGGCACUUUCUUAGCGUUGGACUACUUACUGGACCAGGCAAGGAGCGAGGGCCGAGUCUGUGUCUACAACUGUGUGCAACACUUCCGUAGGGAGAGGAUGAAAAUGGUUCAAACAAAAGAGCAGUAUAUAUUCAUACACAGCAUUCUCCUGGAUGCCUUGCAAUGUGAACAGACCUUGACUCGCCCCAUCGAGCCAGUACACAUCCAGUGUGAGACAUGCUGGAACCAGAUUAAUAAUAAGCACAGGGUCAAUAUGGACAUUUCAUCCAUUGACAGUGAUGAAGAAGAUGUUCUGUAUGAAAAUGUUCCCCAUCACUGGGCACGUCAGCUUCAACAAAGAAGUGGAGAUGCGGCCUCUCUUCCCGACGUCUGUGACGUGGUCUGUGAAACAAUGCCCUUGCUGUCUAGUGCAACAAACACCUCAAGCGAGGAGAGGAGCCCGGAAGAGAAGACGGACGACGAGGGAGGAAGGAUGAGUUGGGUGUCGCCUCUGUUAGGUACAAGUGACAGGAUACAGGAGACGGGUUACGAGUGACAAGUCACUGUUUCGUUCUGCCACAUAUUCCAGAGUUCCUUGAAUACAUAUUUUGUUCAUACUGUGCGUGUGUAGUGAUAAGUAGGGUAGUGCAUCGUAUUGGUAAAUUUCGUUUAAAGUCAUCCAUAUCUUGUAUGUGUUUCUCAUCUACAACCUUAACCAGCAUGAGAGAGGGCAGACGAAAUAUGAUAAGAAAAAGUUGGGUUUUUUUAAUACAAAAUAAACUGAUGUUGUGUAACUUAAUCUAUAACAUUUUAAAGUUUUAAAACUUUUGCUAUCAGUCUUUAAUAAUUUA